UGAAAGACUGGUGGGGUUAAAAGGAAAUAACACAUCAGGCACCCUGGGAGGGAGACACAUGAGCAGGGAUGGAGGGAGAGAGGGAGGAACAGGGAGAGAGUACUCAGAGUGGGAUGACUUCUUCCCAGGCUUGCAUACUGACUCAGAGCUGCGUUGAGGAAAGUGACGAGCACCAAAACCUCCAGGAACCAGAGGACAACCAGGCCGAGAUUGGAGCCUGUUAUGGAGAGGUUUGGGAGGAUCUAUGUAUCAUUGAUGCAGAGACCUUACCACAGGAGACACGGAUAGCCACAAGCACACAGGAUGUUGCUGACUACCUCCCAUUGUGCCCCAUGCCAACAGAGGUAGAGUGGACCCCCCCUUCAGUGUCAUCUCAUCCCUCCAACACACAAAAUCCCCCGUCUGAACCCUGCUGGUAUUGCCUGAGGUCUCUUGACUCAGAGUAUCGUCCUGAAUCUCCUGAACAGGAAGACUCGAGUCCUUUGUCACCGACGCCCUCUAGUGGCCAGAAAGUAAGCUACCAGACAGACCCUCGACCUCACUUUGGCGUAGCUUGGUCCUCCCACUCCACAUGUCACCCCCUGUGGGGAAGUGAGGGGCCCUGCUGGGGGCAAAGGAAUCAGGACAUGCCUGAUCAGACACACACCUGCCCUCACUGUCAUCUGGGGCUGCCCCCUGACACACUACGUUGGCAUGAGGUUGGCACAGAAACUUGUAAACACACAAAGGCAUUAAUGGAGACACACAAGCUCAGUUUCCACUAAACAUACCACAGCUUAUGUCACCCUACAGAGAGCCUCUGACUGUUUUCUUUCUCUCUGCGCAGGCAAAGUGUCUACUGUUUGAAGGGGUGAGGAACCCAAAGACAUAAAUGGAGUCAACAUCAAAAAUGUUGUUACUUUAAAAAUGAUACUGUCUACUAUUAAUGAC